GUCAACAAGUAACUAACAUUACACCAGUAUAUUAUAAUAACAAUCACUUGAAACUUCAAAAAACAAAAUGGAUCAAAUCAAACACAACUUCAUUGAAGUCAACGGGCUCAAUCUCCACGUAGCCGAGAUCGGAUCAGAGUCCUCACCAGCAGUGAUUUUCCUCCACGGAUUCCCGGAGAUAUGGUACACGUGGCGCCACCAAAUGAUCGCGGUCGCAAACGCCGGUUUCAGAGCCAUUGUACCCGAUUACAGAGGAUACGGGUUAUCUGAUAUCCCUGAAGAACCCGAGAAGACCUCUUUUUUUGAUUUUGUCAAAGAUACUGCGUCCAUUUUGGAUUAUCUCAAUAUUUCUAAGGUGUUUGUUAUUGGUAAAGAUUUUGGAUCAAUGGUUGGCUACACAUUCGCCCUUUUCAACCCACAGAAAGUUGCAGCUAUUGUAUCGCUCGGUGUGGCUUUUAGGCCCCCUGGUUCCCGGGCUCAUCAAGCCCUCCCCGAAGGCUACUACAUUAACCGCUGGAAGGAACCUGGAAGAGCUGAAGCUGAUUUUGGCCGGUUUGAUGUUAAAACAGUGGUGAAGAACAUUUACAUUAUUUUCUCUAGAAGUGAGAUACCGAUAGCCAAUGAAAACCAAGAGAUAAUGGAUUUGGUUGACCCGUCGACUCCUCUACCCUCUUGGUUCACAGAGGAUGACCUUGCGGUAUAUGGGGAUUUGUAUCAGAAGUCCGGAUUUCAAACUCCACUUCAAGUUCCUUACAGGAUUUUAAAUAGCAAAGUUGAAGUGUCAAAACAAGCUCCAAAAGAUCUGAAAGUAGAAGCUCCAACACUAUUGAUCAUGGGCGAGAAAGAUUUUGUGUUUGGGUUACCUGGAACCGCAGAAUAUAUAAGGAGCGGCGAGGUGAAGAAAUACGUACCCAACUUGGAAACCAUAUAUAUUGCUGAAGGAUCGCAUUUCGUUCAUGAACAAUUUCCCGACCAGGUUAACCAACUCAUCCUCAACUUUCUCAAUUGCCACAAACAUUAGUGAGUAAAGAUCUCGGGUUUGAAUCGACAUAUGGAUGAAUCUAAAAGACUGAAACUUGUUUUUAUUAUCUUUUAGUAAUAAUUAAAUAUAGAACUUAAUGUAAUACACAUUUGAAUUAUGUCAUCAAUAAAAUACAGAACUUGUUUGUGUAACAAUAAACAAACUGGCCUGUUUUCUUCUUUUAUCAUAUCAUAAUCGUAUUAUCAUGUCAUGUUAUACA